AUGUACACUUCGAGAGGUGGAAGUCGUGGUGGAGGCCGUGGCGGAAGAGGCGGAAAUGGUGGCGGAGGACCACCGAGACGAGGUGGCCGUGGAGGGGCGUUCGGAGGGGAUCGCAACCGGAACAGCCGCAGUCCGGACAGAACGUAAGUUGUGCCAAGCGGAUAGAUUUCAAUUUGAUAAUUAUUCUGCAGAUCCGAGCGUAGUCAAGAGACUUACAACCGGUUCCGUGAGGGGCAGAGACCGAUGAGCCGAAGUCCGACCCCGGAUCGGAACAACGGAGGCGGACCGCCGCAAAAUCCGUUCGGAGGGCGGCCGAUCAGCAGAGACGAUCGGAUCGGAGGAGGAUCACGGCGAGACUCGAGAGACAGAAGCUUCCGGGCGCCGCACAGAUACGACGACAAGUCGCAGAGACUGGAGAACACGUUUCAGAGAGGUAAGAGAACGAAUCGGAAACGAGAAAUCAAUGAAUGUGAAUAGCAGAGCGAGCGGACAGUCCAGUAAGCGAGAAGGAGAAGUUCAGAGUGUGGAAGCUCAAGAUCGGUAAGACUAUUUUUUAGACGUCGAAUGAAUUUGAUACUAUUCCAGCCGACGCGGAGGAGACAGUCCGUCGUGCCGAGUUCGAGCUGAGAAGAGCCAAACUGGACUACGACAGCAUCCUCGAAUCGUACGAGGAGUUCACGAAGGCCACCGCUCCGGUAAGCAAAAUAUUUCACUGAAGGUCUCAAAGGGGCUCAAGAUUUACAGACCUUCGGCAAGCCAUCAGCUUGGUGA